CACACUUUCCCUGCCGACGUUGUUGUCUGGCCGAUUAGACCAUUGUAAUUACAACACCGUCACCCUCCUUCGUUGCACGUGAUGUCCACGAACCAAUUAGAAAAGGUUAAGAAAACAUGACACGAUGUUCUGGAAAGAAAUGGUGUCAUCCACGUGCUCAAUUGAAGUGGAGUUUCAUCUUAUCCGUUACCCUUACUGAAGCAAAUCACGCCCCCACACUAUAAGCCUCAAAAACGUAAAAGUGAACUCCCCUUGGACCCAUGUUUUCCGAACGCAAUAAAUUCUCUCUCUCUCUCUCUAUCUCUCUUCUUUUCUCUAUUGAACUUUUGAAGUUCUCAUAAGUCUAUAUUUUGUUUCUUUUUUUUUUAUUUUUGAAUUGAGUUUGAAAUCGAUCCAUUUUUGAAGUAGCUUACUUACAAAUUGUUCAAUUAAACGAAUUCAUAAUUUCAAAUCUCUUUCUCUUUUUCCACUCUCUAAUAAAGAAAACUGAAAAAGAGAGGAAAGUAUUUAACUCCGCCAUGAAUGCUGCCUUGCUUCCUUGACACCCUUUUUUUUUCUUUCUUUCUUUUUCUCUUUCUUUUUGUUACCCAUCAUUCAUAACUAUAACAAAAACAAACCUACCAAGCAAAGAAGCCAAAGGCAAAAACAUGGUUCACCACCAAUGGCCAUGAAUGCUAUUUUGCUUGAAAAGUACACCUUUAUAUUCUUUACACCUUAGCCUCUUCCAUUCCUUCUUUUUGUUGUUUCUUUCUCAAGGUUUUCAUUAGUUAUAGAAAAGAAAAAAAUACCCAGAUUCCAAAUUUUGAUUUCUUAUUUUUAAGUUUCAAAUGUGUAAAGGUCCAUCUCAUCAAGACCAUUAAACCAUGCCAAUUUUUGAAGCUUUUGAAGCUUUUAAAAGGUUCAAGCGUUUGAGACUCUUUGAGCCAUCUUUGGGGGUUCUUGGCUUCUUCCUUGUUGCUGUUUGUGUGAUUUGUUGUUUCUUUUACUUGGAUUACAGAGCCGUGGCUAAAGGGUAUAGAGUUCCUAGUCAGUCACAGAGAUUUUUGUGGCUUAAACUAGAUGGGUCUUCUUCAAGUGAGAUAAAAAAAGUUGAUUUCUUGAGCCAAGAAGGUCAAGGGUGCGAUGUGUUCGAUGGUGAUUGGGUUUGGGAUGAAACGUAUCCUCUUUACGAGUCAAGAGAUUGCAGCUUUCUUGAUGAAGGGUUUAGGUGUACUGAAAAUGGAAGGCCAGAUUUGUUCUACACCAAAUGGAGAUGGCAGCCUAAGCAUUGCAACCUUCCCAGAUUUGAUGGAAAAGUGAUGUUGGAGAAGUUGCAAAACAAGCGAUUGGUUUUUGUUGGUGAUUCAAUUGGAAGAAAUCAAUGGGAAUCACUCCUCUGCAUGCUUGCUUCUGCAGUUCCCAAUAAAGAUUCAAUAUAUGAAGUGAAUGGCAGCCCAAUUACGAAGCAUAAAGGCUUCUUGGUAUUCAAGUUGAAGGAUUAUAAUUGCACCGUGGAGUACUACAGGGCUCCUUUUCUUGUCCUGCAGAGCAGGCCUCCUGCUGGAUCUCCACAAAACAUCAAGACCACACUUAAAUUGGAUCAAAUGGAUUGGAAUUCUAUUAGGUGGAAAGAUGCAGAUUUGGUGGUCUUCAAUACCGGGCAUUGGUGGAAUUAUGAGAAGACCGUUAGAGGGGGAUGUUACUUUCAAGAAGGGGAAAAAGUCAAAAUGGAAAUGACAGUAGAACAUGCAUAUCAAAGGUCCAUAGAGACUGUGAUGCAGUGGAUACAUAAUAAGGUGAAUACAAGCAAGACCAAGGUCUUCUUCCGCACAUUUGCCCCUGUACAUUUCAGAGGAGGAGAUUGGAAAACUGGGGGAAGCUGCCACUUAGAGACACUGCCAGAGCUGGGCACAUCAUUGGUGCCAUCUGAAACUUGGGAACAAUUCAAAAUAGUCAGUGAUGUGUUAUCAGCUUACUCAAAUGCGUCAGAAGGAACAAAAUUCGACAUAUUAAAUAUUACUAGUAUGACAGCACGAAGGAAAGAUGGGCAUUCAUCCCUUUACUAUUUGGGCCCCAAGGAAAGCCCUGCUCCAAUUCAUCGGCAGGACUGCAGUCAUUGGUGUCUACCCGGAGUGCCUGAUGCAUGGAACGAGUUACUUUACGCGGUGUUCCUUAAACAUUGUAUCAAUCAUACAUUUAACUCAUCAACGUAUGAAGCGCAGGUUUGAUUGAGGAUGAAGCCUCUAAUUUAUACACCUAUACGAAGGUAGGAGUCCUAUGCACAGAAAUGACUCGGAAUUCCCCCGCAAACAUCAAAAUGGGAGGUAGUUGUUUAGAAUGCAUUUUGCCAUAGUUCUAGGGCAAGGAUCGAAAGUGGAUCUAUGAUUUUGGCGGAAAAUAUUUUUUUUCUUUUGGGUAGUUGGUUGAUAUUUGAUUCCAGGUGUCUCAAUUUUUAGGGCAGUUAGUGGGUACGGAUUCUGCCUGUGGAAAAAAGCUGUAGGACAAUUUUACACAUGGGGUAUUCUGUUGUGAUUAUCUCACAUUCCUUGUGAAAAAAAAAAGUAUUUUUUUUAAUUCAACUUUUAGUGUGUAAUGUCAUAAAAAACAGAUAGCUGGUAAUCUUUAACGAAGGUGCCUUGAUAUUUGGA